AUGGAAGUCUUUGCAUUAAAGAUUGAAGAUCCAGGUUGCUUUUGGGUUACUAUGAAAGAAUGUGGGCCUUUCACAGUCGAUGAAAUGGCAUAUAAAAAACUGAAUGAUGAAAUUAAUCAGUUCUAUGACAAAUCUUACAAAGACACGCAUGAAGUAGAGCCAGUUACGGUGGAAGAAGGCCAGGUUUGUGUGGUUUUCAGUCAGGAACUCAAAUGUUGGUGUAGAGCAGUUAUUAAGUCAGUCAUGUACUGUACAGAUAAUUACCAAAUGGAAUGUUUCCUUGUGGAUUAUGCAAAAUACAUUUUUGUUACAUCAAAGGACAUUCGAGUUGAUGUGGAACCAUUUAUGCAGCUCCCAUAUAGAGCAAAGAAAUGUAGAUUGUAUCGCACAAGGCCAGUGUCACUGCGUAUGGACCUGUGUGAAGAGACUGCAAAAAUAGUACCAGCCAAACGAUGGGAUAGUGCUGCUACAUGGUACUUUCAGAACCUUCUCAAAGCCUCUACGCAUAUGAAAGUAAAGUUGUGUGCCAUAGAAGAUAACACAUUUGAUGUUUUCCUUUAUGUGACAAUAAAAGAUGAAAAGAUAUGUGUUAAUGAUGAUCUUGUCUCGAAGAAUUUUGCUCGUUUUGAGGAAGCUGAAGAGAAUACAGGGAGUUCUGCAGAUUAUCAGGAGAAUCAAACCUCAUUAAAUGCUGAGAGACUUCCAGGGAAAGUUGUUAGCCCUACACUUGCUUUCAGGCCAGUGCUGUUUCAGAAGAAGAUACCAGCAAAUCUUGGAACAGGUCUUGCUGUUUCCAGUUCCUCCCUUGAAGACACACAUCAAAGGUUAAGUGCAGAUCCAGAUUUAAUUACUGUGCCUAUUGUCAAAGCAGUUCCAGAUCUGCCUUUCAAGGAAAAUAUGGAAGUCCGCACAGACAAGCUUCAGCAGUGCUUAAAUUCUGAUCUUCUGAAGACAUGCAUAGUUGAAGAUGACCAACAGAGUUCUAAAAAUCUUAGUGAAGCAAGAAACUUUAUCUUUCUUAGCAACAAAAUUGAGCCAUCAUCAAGUCUGGAAACAGCACCACUCUUUCAUGAGCUCAAAAAGGAACUUACUCGGAAAAAAUUUUUAGGCCCUAACUUCACAGAAUCUUACUGUUGGCCUUCAGUAGCUCGAGGAUAUGAUGUAGUUGCUAUCUCAUACCAAGGAAAUGAUCCUUUCAUAUAUAUUCCACCACUACUUACUUUACUGCAGUUGGAAGGUUGCUACAAAACCUUUACAAACAGGAGUGGACCACUAGCACUUAUUUUAUGUCCUGGGUGGAAGAAGGCACAACUUGUUUUUGAACUGCUGAAAACGUAUGAGAGAUGUUCCAGACAGUUUCAUCCGAUGUUGAUAAUACUUGGGCAGAACAAAGCAGCAGCUAGCAGUGUGAAAAUACAAGGCUGUGAAGUAAUCGUGACUACACCGUAUAGCUUCCUGAGACUGUUUGAACAUCACAAUUUGUUUUGUCGACUUUGCCAUCUUGUUCUUGAUGAGAUGGAGGUGCUGUUCUCUGAUGCUGCUGAACAGGUUUUUACCAUAUUAGAUUGUUACAAGAAAGCUACUGUUAGUGAAGAGUGGGAGUAUUCACUCCAUCAGAUCAUUGCUGUUGGAACUCAUUGGAAUAAACACAUAGCACGCUUGAUGAAGGAGUUCAUGAAUGAUCCUUAUGUUGUGAUAACAGCUAUGGAAGAAGCUUCCAUCUAUGGAAAUGUGCAACAGAUUGUGCAACCUUGUGUGAACAGUGAAAGAAUUUCUGUGUUACUCAAAAUACUGGAUUUUACCCACAAUAAUCCUCAAAAGAUGCUGGUGUUCACUAAUUCAGUAAGUGAAGCAGAUGUGAUUCAUGAGGCACUGAGGAGCAACUCAAUAUUUUCCUUGAAAAUACAUAAAGAGAGCAAUUCCAAGUAUAUCUUAGAGCAGUGGACAAAAAAGUAUAAUUCUGGCAGUCCUGUUCUGCUAGUCUCAACAGAUGACUGCAUGCAGUCUUUGGGAAUUACAGAUGCAACUUGUGUGAUACAUUUCAGUCUUCCUUCUCCAAGAAUCUUUGGUCAGCGUCUCCACAGCAUGUCUGACAACUUCUCUAAUGAUUCUUCUGUAGAUCAGGAACAUACAAAGGCAAGGUCAGUCAUUUUGUUCACAGAAAACAGUGAUUGUCAUGCACUUGGGAUCCUGCGCUUUUUGCAGCACGCAGAAGCUGAAAUACCACCAGAACUGCAGGAUUUUACUGCCAAGAUGCUAGAAGCUGAAGAAAAUAAGAAAUUUUCAAGGCCACUGUGUGCCUAUCUUAAAACAUUUGGGAUUUGCAAGAAUAGAGAAGCUUGUCCAGAUCGUCAUCAAAUUAAUAUGCAAAUGGAUAUACCCCAGAAUAUACCUGAUAAAAUUCUACAGGCACCUGGAUGUGUGACAAUACUGCCUCUCCACAUUGUAAGUGCAACAAAUUACUUUGGUCGAAUAGUAGAUAAGGAAAAGGACCAAUACACAAUUCUUGCUGAAGAAAUUAAUGAGUAUUUUGAAAACCCGAGUAAUAGAAUUUCUGUUAAAAAGGUGAAGGCGUUAGCAUUGUAUGGAUUAUGUGAGAAAAGACUUUUUCACAGGGUUCAGGUGUUAGAGAUAUACCCAAAAGAGGAGGAAAAUCUGUUCUUCAGUGUCAAAAUUAAAUAUAUAGAUGAAGGCAGAACAAAUCAAGUUCAGAGCUGUCAGCUCCUUCAUUUGCCUGCAAAGUUUCAGUGCCUGCCACCUCAGGCUGUGGAAUUUGUAGUUUGUAGAGUCAAACCCAUUGAUAAAGAAACCGAAUGGAACCCACAGGUAACUCAUUACAUACAUCACAAAAUCAAAGGAAAACCACAUGAAGCAAAAAUAGUACAUACCUUAGGAAAUACAGCUUGGGUUGACCCAAUGGUUCGUGUAACCAAGCUGUCAGAGUUGAAGAUAACAGCCAAUGAAUACAACGUUCGGUCUGAGAUUUUGUCUACGGGUAUGGGGACUGACAAUCCAGAACAUAUAAUGCAACUUCAGAAGUUGUGUGGACACCUGAAAUUAUUACUUCACACAGAGAACUUAAAGUCUUUAAGCAUAACGGAGAAUACAGCUGAUCCAGAGAACAUGUCCAAUCCACAGAACAUGUCGGCACAAGAAAACUCUACAGAAAACUGUCAUUCUUCUAUUACUUUUAGGACUCAUUCAUGUGAUGAUGUACAUCAAAGUAAGGAAGUAGAAGACACUACACUGCAUCAGCGCCAAUGCUUUCAUCCACAAAUAAAGUGGUUUCAAAAUGAAGAGACGGUUACAGUGAAGGUAGAAAUAGCAAGUGUAGCUGACCAUAAAUGUGAGUUCUCUAAAGAGAAGGUGAUUUUCAGUGCUUGUUCAAGAGACAAAUUUUAUUUGGCUGACAUGGAGCUGCAUCAGCGUAUACUUGCAGAAAAGUCUACAUGUGUGAUAAAGGAUAAAGAGGUUGUUAUUAUUCUUGUGAAAGAGCAAAAAGGAUCAUGGUGCAAAUUACUGAAGAAGAAGAAUAAUCACGUGUCUCUUGAUUUUGAAGACUGGGAAGAUUGUGAAGAUGAUAGCCAUUUUCCAGGUGGUACUAAAAAAAUGUAUUGCACUGAUGCAGUAUCAGAAGAUUUGGUUGACCUCUCAGAAGUUAGUGGAACAGAAAGUGAUGACUAGUUUGGAUACAGAUCUUUUUUCUCUCAUAAGAAUUAUUCUUCAAAACAGUUGGUUGCAUGAAUAUUUCCAGUAACAUUGAUAAAACUAAACACAUAGGUGGCAGAACUGUUCUUAAUUUUAGGAGGAAACUAGUGAACAAACUUCUUACCUCAGGGCUCUGAUAAGCUAAAGAAAUACUCCUUAGAAGAGCGUUACAUAUGUAUUCUGGUGCCUUCACUUUAAAAUCAUUGGCUUUAAUGUAACUGUGCUGUCUAAACAGUAAAAUCUAAAGAAUUGGUUGAAUUUAUUAGUAAUUGAAUUUACUUGGGUUGAAUUUAGUAGUAAUUACAGAGCUUCUGGUUUACUUUGAGGGGAUUUGCUGUGUUAGCUGUAGUUAGUAAUUUUUCAGUUUUUAGAAUCUGAAUAUGUGAGUUGUUUCUACUAUAUUCAUUCUAUUCAUAUGUAUCAGCUUGUUGGCAAUCAUCGCAUUUGUCAGUUCCACAUGAAGAAAUUAUGCUGCAACUCCAACACCAGCUUUUGUGACUUCAUUGGAAAUAAGUUACUUGGUAUCAAAGAUUGUACAGUGCAGUUUGCUAUAGUAACUAAAUGCUGCAAAACUUUUGUGACAGUAGAUUUAGUAUUUGUUUGAGAUUUUGAUUUCUUAUGAAUGCUCUUACUUCUUUCCCUCUAAAUUUAUCUGAAACUCUUUUCUGCUGUGCAAAUGAACAACAAGAUCUUGUCUGUUUAGCCUAAGGUUUUGCCUCUUUAUAUACCAUCUUCCAGUAAAUAGUUGUCACUGUUAGAUUUGUGCACAUGCAGAGCAUCUUGCAGUAAAGUAGUCACAUAAAAGAAAUAACAUAAUAAAUUAAUCUGGUAUUUAUCUCUUUGCAUCUUCAGAUUUUAAAGCAUGUUCUCCCUGAUGUAACUAUAUAGUGGUUUAGAAUAGAGAUGAGAAUUUACAUCUUUAUUUAAAGAAGCCUGAAACAUUGGCAUGCCUUUACUUCAAGAACAGAAGAAAGGCUGUAUCAUUAUGUUUAUAGAAUCAUAGAAUAGUUAGGGUUGGAAAGGACCUUAAGAUCAUCCAGUUCCAACCCCCCUGCCAUGGGCAGGGAUGCCUCACACUAAAAUGACAGUUUAUUUUUUUACUUAUGCUGACAAUUUUUCUAAUAUUAGCAUAUAAUAAAGCUGCUUCUUUAAGAAUAUUGUCGGUGCCAGUGGAAAACCACCAUGUGACACAAAAAGUUGUAAUUGUUAAUGUAUGGUUUAAAAAAAAAAGUGCUGUUGGAGGAACCUGAUGACUACUGAGUUCAGUUACAACCUUCACUUGCAUACAGGUACUUGGAAAGCUGUAACUGUUGUAGAAGUAUUUAGGGUAAUAGCUAAUGUAACUGUGUUUUGGUCUUGCUCUGUGUUGGGGUGCAAACAGAAGACUGUCAAAUUACCUAAUGGAAAAACAGAGCGAUGGGGCUGGUUAUUUUCCCUCACAAGUUUUGUUGUUCUUUGACUUGUCUCUUAGUAGGAUGAUGGCCCUUAGACGUUGUUGAAGGAACUUACACUUUCAGGAUGAAGUCUUUCUCAAAUUAAUUAUAUCAAAAUACUGAUAAGUGACUUGAUAAAAUUCCUUUCUUCAUCCAUUUGCACAGAGUGAAUAUAGGAGCAAUAUUACCUACAAUCUGUCUAUAUUUUUCUCAGCAGGGAAAGCAAAAGCUGCUUAAAUUUGUAUGUUAAUGUAGUACUAUUUUUGUGUUUUUUCAUCAGCUACCAAAUGGUGUUUCUAGGAUGGUGAAGUUACCUUUGUAAAGUCAUGUUCAUGCUGACAGUAAUUGCUUUAAUUAAAAAAAUAAAAUCAGCCUCUUCCUGUCAA